CCACAUCAGGGAGAAAAAGAAAGAAAAGAAGGGUUUAAAAAGCAAAGGGUAGAAGCCUCAAGCUCAAAGCUCUCAAUCAAAACCAAACACUUCUCCACUUCACAGUUCUGAGUUCACACCUGCUUUGUUUAUUCACCUUCCUUCUCCACCCCCCUCAUAAUAUUUGAUUCUUUGAGAGGGAUAAAGAAAGACGAAAUUCUACUGGAAUCUCUCUCUGUGAUGGCGCAAUUUAUGGGACGGCAUUAAAAGUGCCUCAUCACCAUCCACCAAUCCUCACUACUCUGUUUUCUCCCACUUUUCCCUCCUUCUCUACCCCAAAACCUCGUUUUCCUAUUUCUUUCUCAGGGACUUUUUAGAGGAAUCUGUUUGCGUAUUUGCUUAAACGAAAAUGCUUACAUGCAUAGCACGUUCGAAGCAAGGGAGUGAUGAUUCGCCAUCCGCUGAUCAUAAUCUUCACCAUUAUCAGCCGGGUGAAAAGACUAACUCCAAUGCUAUACCUACUAAGCACGCCAUUAAAGCACUCUCUUCUCAGAUCAAGGACAUGGCUUUGAAGGCGUCGGGUGCGUACCGCCACUGUGCGCCGUGUGCUAACCAGCCGGCUCCACAGCCACGGAGGAACGGGAGCUUCGGAGGGGGCGGUGGAGGAGAGUCUGACUCGGUGGCGCCGGAAAAGUUCCGGUGGUCGUACAGAAGAACUGGCAGCUCGAACUCGAGCUCUACGGCUGGCAGGAGGGAGCUGGAGGCGAGGCUGAAGGGGAUAUCCAGCGGUGAGGGGACGCCGGCGUCGGCCAGCGGACGGCGAAUCGAACCGGUCGUCUUCGUGGAGGAGAACGAGCCCAAGGAGUGGGUGGCUCAGGUGGAGCCCGGUGUGCUAAUUACCUUUGUGUCCUUGCCACGUGGCGGCAAUGACCUUAAGCGGAUUCGAUUCAGCCGAGAAAUGUUCAACAAAUGGCAAGCUCAAAGGUGGUGGGCCGAGAAUUCUGAAAAGGUGCUGGAGCUGUAUAAUGUUCAGAGGUUAAACCUCCAAGCCUUCCCUCUUCCAACAACUCCAAGAUCUGAAGAUGAUACCAGCUCAAAAAUGGAGUCCGUUGAAGACAGCCCCGUGACACCGCCACUUGGCAGGGAGCCACUGCCUCGCACCUUAAAUCGACCAACUGGAAAUGGGGCAGCAUACUCAUCAUCCGAUUCCUUAGACCUUCAGUCGAUGCAUUCUCGAUCUAACUAUGAUUCUUGUGGUGUUGCCUCCACUCCCAAGCUCUCAAGCAUUAGUGCUGCAAAAACAGAAAUAUCAUCAAUGGAUGCCUCCAUGAGGAGCACUAGCUCAUCCAGAGACGCUGACCGCUCUGGAGAAAUAUCCAUCAGCAACGCCAGUGAUUUGGAGACUGAAUGGGUCGAGCAGGACGAGCCCGGUGUGUACAUUACCAUCAGAGCUCUGCCUGACGGUAGAAGAGAGCUCAGACGAGUCAGAUUCAGCCGGGAGAAAUUUGGAGAGCUACAUGCUAGAUUAUGGUGGGAAGAGAACAGAGCAAGGAUACAUAAGCAAUACUUGUGAUGAAUGGAUGCUUCAUUUUUCUUACUGAUGGAAGUACUGCCAAUUACCGAAGUGUGUGCUAUAGUUAUAUGGAGAAGCCAUUUGAGUAUUGUUAUGAUACAAGGAGGGAGGAAGUAGUAGCCUGUAUGUAAGUGAUGCACCUUACAUCAAAAGUCACAGUUUUGUGACCAACUUGAGAAAGGCCUUGUGGGCUCUUUUUGCUUUUUUGUUUUUCUUGGUAUUCAUUUACAUGAAAAUGUGGCAUAAAAUUAUGGGGAUUGUGAUUAUAAAUGGCAAAUCUUUGCUCUA